UGACGACGUGGCCGGAGCACGUCUCAACCCCGUGUUUCAACGAACCGGGGUGAUUCAAACAAGGCAAGCCGGCUUUGUUCACGGCUACUUCAGAGACUCUUUCACUCCAACAAGUCUCUUCAGAAGUUUGAUAUCACCACAAUGUCCGGGAAAGUCAAGAGCCGGAGUGCCGCAAACGCAGACUCGAUAACCGGCGGAGUGUCCUGCGAUGAGCGCAUCCUGCGGGAUUGUCAUCAACUGUACACGGAUCCCGACAGUGGGUUGAUCUCAGUCGCCGAAUCAGUUGGUGUAAAGUUGCUGCCGCCCAGAAAAAAGAUCACUGUGAUGCUGAUGGGAAACCACUCUGCUGGGAAGAGCUCCUUCAUCAACUGGUAUGUCGAAGAGCACAUCCAACGCACUGGGGUGGCCAUUGAGACUCAAGGCUUCAGCUUUGUCACAAGUGGGCGCAAGAGGGAAUCUCUCACAGGAAAUGCCACCCUUCAUUUAUAUCCACACUUCAAGCCUCUGCAAGAGUUCAAAGGAGUCUCAGAGUACUUGAGCACAGAGAUCUGCACGUCGCGACAAAAACGGUUCAGCCUGGUGACAUUUGUGGACUCGCCGGGGUUGGUGGACGGUGAUAUGAAGUAUCCCUUUGACGUGGACGAGGUUAUCAUGUGGCUGGGUGAUCUCUGUGACCUGAUUCUGGUCUUCUUUGACCCCAUGGGUCAGGCUCUGUGCAAGCGCACCCUCAACAUCGUGGAGAGCCUGAAUGAGAAACACGGAGAUCGGCUGCGUUUUUACCUGAGCAAGGCCGACGAGGCUGGCGGAGAGUCAGACAGACAGAGAGUAAUGAUGCAGAUUGUCCAGGAGCUCUGCAAGCGACCAGGACUCAACAAAUGUGGUUUUGACAUGCCAACCAUCUACAUUCCUAAUCCCAGUAAGCCAAGUCGCUGUGUGAACCAGAUCGAGGAGGUGUGUCGCACCAUCGAGAAAACCAUUAACCAAACAGUCCAGAAUACACUCAACUCCCUGGAGAAGGACUGCGAGCUCAUCAGCGAGGCCAUCACCGACACACUCACUAACGACAGGCAGACCGGUGUGAGGAACCGACGGGCGCGCUUUAAGAGCUGCUUCCUGACUCUGCUGGGCUUCAGCGUCCCCAUGGCUCUGAUGGCCUUACUGGUUCUUGGCAUUCUGUCCCAGGAGCUGCUGGAGGCGGCUGUGGGCCGCGAGGGCAGAGAGACGCUGUCACUCUACAUGGCUCCCGUAGCGAGAGCGCUCGACUCCCUCUCUGUGGAGCAGCAGCUGUACGGCUGUGGCGGACUGGUCCUUCUCUCCUUCCUCCUGCUCAUCAUCGCACGCUUCUCCUUCAGCACUCAACCAACUCUGUCAGGCAAACAGAAAAGGCAACUGCAGGAGAAGCUGGAGUACGUUCAGGAGGUGGUCAAGACCAAAAAGAAAAAGCUGUAUGAAGAAUACCUCCGCCAGAGUGUCAGCGAUCAGGACAUGGACGUGUGAAGGCCGAGCUGCACACAGCGAUUCAGCAUCUCCACACUGACGUCCGACCAAAUGACAUAAAAGCUUUGCCAAGGUUUCACAGCAGCCAUCGUGGCACUCUGACCGCUCGUUGCUGCAUCUUGUUGAAGUGUGCAGAUGUAAAUUAGAAGCACUUGAUACACUCGUAGAAAAGCUCCUGUGCUUUGGGUACCGUAAAGUCCGUAUUAGAUGAUGUUACCUCUGUCAAACUCUUAAAACCACACUACCUGCAGAUGACUAGUGUUCUGAGAUGACCUUUUGUUACUGAUCACGUCUUUGUUGUGAGCAUUUAUAUACGUGUACUUUGUGCCUCUGCACCGCUCAAAUGAAUUCAGGCGUAUACCACUUUAAGAUAUUUAAACAUUUUCAAACUAUUUAUAAUAUUUCUUUAUCAGAGAAAUUGUAUUUUGGUUAAACGGCGUAUAGCACUGGUUUACAUGAGUCACUUUGUAUGAGUUUUUUUGACGACUUUCACCAGCAUUUUAUACACGGUACUCUGGCUGCUUGUUAUCAUGAAGUUACAAUUUUAGGUAUUAAUCCAGUUUACGUCAUGAAUGUCUGUUAGCUAAUAAUGGGUCCAAUAUUCAAAUACACACACAACUCUUGUUACUGACGCAAAUAUCCACCAAUCAAACAUUUUACCAAUGAUGAAGUUCUUUUUCUACUUUCCUCUACAUUCUGACCAUGUUUUAACUGCAAAUGACUUAAAUAAAAACAGUGUUCAAUAAAUUUAUUGAGAUUAA